GAAUAAACCCAACCAGGAAAACAAACAGUCACUGAAUCUAGGGUUUCUCUGUGUUUGCCUUAAGCUUAUUCAGUCAGUGAAUUAAGCUGCUUUGUGAGAAAUCAAAGGAGGAAAAAAAAAGAACAAAAAUGUUGGAUAUCAAUUUGUUCAGAGAAGAAAAGGGUCACAAUCCAGAGAUCAUUCGUGAAUCUCAACGUCGUCGUUUCGCCAAGGUCGAAGAUGUCGAUGCCAUCAUCGACCUUGACAAAGUCUAUCGUCAAUUGUUGUAUGAUCUCGAAAAUCUGCGAAAAGAGUUCAACAAGAUCAAUAAGCAAGUUGCUCAACUUAAAAUUGCUAAGCAAGAUGCAACGGAGACGAUUGCAAAAACAGAGGAGAUUAAACAGAAAAUCGCUGUGAAAGAUACUGAAGUUAAGGAUGCUUGGGCUGUUUUGAAAUCUAAAUUGGAGAAAAUUGGGAAUCUUGUGCAUGAUUCGGCUCCAAUCAGUGACGAUGAAGCAAAUAAUGCUGUGAUUAGAACUUGGGGUGAGAAGCGGUCAGAGCCUAAGCUAAAGAAUCAUGUUGACCUUGUCGAGCUUCUCGGGAUUGCUGAUACGAAAAAGGGCGCUGAUGUAGCAGGAGGGAGAGGUUUCUACCUUAAAGGAGAUGGGGUGCGUCUCAAUCAAGCUUUGAUCAAUUUUGGGCUUGAUUUUUUGGAGAAAAGGGGGUAUACAGCAUUGCAAACACCUUUCUUCAUGAGGAAAGAUGUUAUGGCCAAGUGUGCUCAAUUGGCCCAGUUCGAUGAGGAACUUUACAAGGUGACCGGUGAGGGUGAUGACAAGUAUCUUAUUGCAACAGCCGAACAGCCCCUCUGUGCUUACCACGUGGAUGAUUGGAUCCAGCCCUCGGAGCUACCUAUAAGGUAUGCUGGAUUUUCGUCUUGCUUUCGUAAAGAAGCCGGUUCACAUGGCCGUGAUACUUUGGGGAUUUUCCGGGUUCAUCAAUUUGAGAAAGUGGAGCAAUUCUGCAUUACCAGCCCAAAUGGCAAUGAUUCGUGGGACAUGCACGAGGAAAUGUUGAAGAACUCUGAGGAAUUUUAUCAGGAGCUAAAGCUACCUUAUCAAAUCGUCGCCAUUGUUUCUGGCGCUCUUAAUGAUGCUGCUGCCAAGAAAUACGACUUGGAAGCAUGGUUUCCUGCAUCUCAAACUUACAGAGAGCUGGUGUCUUGCUCGAAUUGUACAGAUUAUCAAUCAAGGCGACUAGAAAUCAGAUACGGGCAGAAAAAGAACAAUGAACAGGCAAAACAAUAUGUUCAUCUGUUGAACUCGACUCUCACCGCAACAGAAAGGACCAUGUGCUGCAUACUUGAGACUUACCAGAAAGAAGAUGGUGUCGAAAUACCCGAAGUUUUACAACCGUACAUGGGUGGGAAGUCUUUCCUGCCUUUCAAGACCAAGCCGGCACCUGAAGCUAAAGGGAAGAAAUCAAAGGCCUAGUAAGGCUCAAAUUGGCUAAAACUAUUUUUGUUGCUCUGAAAUUGUUUGUCUUUAACCUUUUCUUUAUGAUGAAACUUGAGUAUACCAUUGAAUUAUUUGUGGUACAUUGCAAAACAUAAGCCGAAUCCCCGCCUUGAUACCACGUUUCGAGGUGUUGUUGGAACAAGGAGAAGGUGACAUUUAAGGAUUUGUAUAACCAUUGUAGUUUUAAGUUUUAAUUGAAUGUUUUCUCAUUGAUGUACAAUAGAAUGGAUUUUUGUUCUUUUUUGGUUA